CAAAUACAGGGACGUAGCUGGUAUGGCGAGAACAAAACAGACAGCGCGUAAGUCCACCGGCGGCAAAGCGCCCAGGAAGCAGCUGGCUACCAAAGCGGCACGUAAAAGUGCUCCGGCCACAGGCGGCGUCAAGAAGCCUCAUCGCUACAGGCCCGGAACUGUGGCUCUGCGAGAGAUCCGGCGUUACCAGAAGUCCACCGAGCUGCUGAUCCGCAAGCUGCCGUUCCAGCGUCUGGUGAGGGAAAUCGCUCAGGAUUUCAAGACCGACCUGCGCUUCCAGAGUUCAGCUGUUAUGGCGCUGCAGGAGGCAAGCGAGGCCUAUCUGGUUGGUCUGUUUGAGGACACCAACCUGUGCGCCAUUCAUGCCAAGCGAGUCACCAUCAUGCCUAAAGAUAUUCAGCUGGCUCGCCGUAUCCGUGGAGAACGUGCUUGAAUUUAAGUGGAAACACCGAAACAAAGGCUCUUUUAAGAGCCGCCUCAAAGAUCACAAAAGUGCUGAAUUUUACAUAACAUCUGAAAUAUUCUUGCUUGAAAUAUAUAAUGUAUAAAAAGUAUAUGAAAUAUGUAUAUGUGUGUAUUAGGGCUGUCAAAA